UGUCUUCGCAUAGUAUUGGGAGCCAUGAAAUCCUCACCUAUUAAUGCUCUGCAAGUCGAGUGCGUGGAGCCUCCCCUCUAUUUGCGCAGACAGUACCUCUGUGACAGAUUUUACAUAAAAGUUUCUCAAAACUCCUCUCACCCGUUAAAUGAGAAAUUAACACUACUCUCUUCACUUAGCAGCUCUGAUCCCUCUCGAAAUUUGCCAUGCAUUCUGUUAAGUUACCAGAAAUUUACCCGUUUGCCCACUCCAAUUGAAAAAAUUCCACUUAAUCCCCUUUUCACAAACAGCUUUGAAUCCCUACUUUAUCAGCCCCCAAUUAUUUUAAACUUUGGCAUAAAUAAGGAUUCCUGCUCAGCAGGUCAAGAAUUUGUUAAUAUUGUCUCCGAGCACUGGCAAGGCUGGAUCAAGAUAUUUACUGAUGCCUCCAAGCUGGACGAAGGUGGCUGCACUGGCGCAGCUGUCUGGAUACCUGCGUACAAAAUAGCAUUAAGUUUUAAAUGUCCCCCAGUAACAUCAGUUUUCACCGGAGAAUCGGUUGCAAUAUUAGAGGCUAUCCGAUACUCUAUCUCCCAUCGUCUUAACAACUCUUUGAUUUUCACCGAUUCUCUAAGCUGUCUUCAAGCCAUUUUAGCUAACCCCUUUAAAUCAAAAACCAAAUUUCCCAUUAUCUUUAAAAUCAGAGAAGCUCUCUUUAAAUGCAAACUAGAGGGAUUAAAUAUCGUCUUGACUUGGAUCCCAAGCCAUCGAGGUAUCCCAGGCAACGAAACAGUUGAUUCAUGCGCUAAACUUGCUACAUCUUCUGGCUCGCUGGAUCACUAUAGGCUAUUUGCCCAUGAUGCCUCCGCUCUCCCUCGAAAUCACUUAUACUCAUCGUGGAAUACUCAUUGGGAAAAUUCCAAAAGAAUGGUUGGUAAAUAUUACGCUGAUAUACAAAAGGAUAUCCCUUCAAAACCUUGGUUUUUUAGACAUAAGAACUUACCAAAAAGAACGGUCUCCAUCAUCUGUCGCCUGCGCCUUGGUCAUGCGUGCACCCCUGUCCACCUCGCGAAAAUACACAUUAGAGAUAGCUCCAUUUGCGAGUGCGGCCUGGAUGAAGGAACAACCAACCAUAUCUUUUUUAAUUGUCCUAAAAUUGGAUCUUCUUUGUACGAUUUUCUCCCUAAAACUUUCCCCCGUCCCUCUAAUAUUAAAUGUGUACUUAACACCAUUAGCUGUCCUAUUUUAAAUUCACUUGCGAAAUUCAUUAAAAUUAACAAAAUUAAUUUGUAGGUAAGGAAAAAAUUGGCCUUGCGAAAUUUAUUAUAACAA